GAUGGGCAUGUUGAUCAAAGUUGGCUUUUAUUUCUUCGUACGAUGUGGUAUUGACUAAACUCAAACACCGAGCUCUAUAAGCGUCAAACGUCCAUGUUAUAAAGUGUUAUCACGGUUAUACAUCAUGAAAAGAAAUGAAUUGAUAGCUAAAUGGCAAAAACAGGAUAGACAGUCUAGAUACACUGAACACAAGAGAAGACCAAAGACAAGUAAAUCUGGCAGAGAUGAUGGGUGUUCUAGUGAUCUGGGGAAGGAUGGUCGACAACCAAGUCGGCAAAAUACCAGCAGACAGCAGAACAGGAUGAGAAACCGAUGUCACCAGAAAAAGUUGGAGACAACUGAGAAUAACAUGGGACCAGCAGAUACAUUAGAUAUACCAGGCUUUUAUUUUGAUGCAGAGAAGAGAAAGUACUUUCGCAUCCAGCCAAACCACAACAGCACCAGCAGUAGCACAGUGACAAGAGAGACAAUUCAAAGGAAGGAAAAGGAACAACUUCGUUUAAAAGAAAUAUCCUGUCGAGAAUCGUAUGAAAAACAUAGAUCAUCAAGAGUUAAGACUUUAGGAGUAAAAAGCUGCACAGAUCUACCUCAUCUAUUGAAUGAUUUAUGCGGUGGUGUAAUAUCAGUACAAAAAUUUGAUCAUUUGUUUGCCUUUAAAAGAAUUUCCAACAUUAAUUCAACUCCUGCUGGUUGUCAAAGACUUGUCAGCCGGAUUCAACCAACUUAUAGUAAACUAGAACAUGUUCAUAAAAUGGUGGUUAGUGAAAAUACAGAUUGUGUUCUUGGACUUUGGAGCAAACAGGAAAUAAGUAAUUACAAUAUUCAGAUGUUAGAUAUAAAGAGAGACAAGCGUACAAAUAUUCAGAGUCGGUUAAGUGUCAAUAUAGAGUCUCCAGAAUUUUCUUCUUUAGUCAUCUGGAACAAAGUGACAAAUUUAUGUUGGGCUGACCUGAAACGUAACUAUGGCAACAAUAGAGGUAGACAUGUUCUGUUUACCACCAUGUCCUUCACAUGGGUCGGUGAUGAAGUGAGCAUGGCUAGGAUACGUCAAUUUCCUCAAACUUCAGACAGAGAAAAUGACCUUGAGUUUAGUCUGGGUCACAAGUGUACAUGGACCUGUGCCUGGAAUACACAGGGACAGAACUUCAGUGUAGGUAGUGAGAAAUGUGGUCUUCUUCUCGAUGUGGAAACCAGGCGUCUCUGGGAACUAAACACCUAUAAUAGUGAUCCACUUGUACAGAUAUUUGACACAAAGACUCGCUAUUGUCUGUACUCUGGGACACGGAAGAACCAGAUCUUGUCACAUGACCUACGCAGUGUAUCCACACGCCCUACUACAAGCAUGAGCCAGUCCUGUAGUGUCUGUAGUCUACGACUGUUUCAGGAUGAUACCAAACUACUAGCUAGUGAUGUUCAUGGCAAAGUGUGUCUAUGGGACCUUCGAAUGAGGAAAGUUGUUCAGCAAUACCAAGGCUUAAAAAACCAGUAUCAAUGUAUACCCAUCCAUGUGGAUGACCAGGAACGAUUUGUUUAUGGAGCUGACUCUGAUGGUUACAUCAGAUUCUGGUGUCUUAAGACAGGAGCAUUAAUGAGGACCAUACCACCUCCAUCCGCUCUUGCACAGGAUUUUAUCCCCACAGUGGCUUAUUCAGAGCGGUGGGCAGGAGAGGAGGGAAAUGCUGGCCUGCUGAUGGGCCUUGGUGACAGGUUCUACCUUUACCCAAGCAUGGAUGCAAUAGAUGACACCCAUUCUCCAGAUUGUACAUAUGUCACUACUCCCAUCUAUUUCUGACCAGACCAGUCUUAUAUGAAAAGGCGUUUACCUCAACAUUACAUCAUGCCGAUUCAACACAAAGAUAAAUUUAUGGAAAAGUUUGACAGGGAAGUCGUGUUCAAAUUGAGGAAAAAAGAAAAAGAAAAAAAAAAGUUGAAACUUACGAAACAUUCAUGUAUGUUUGUAUGCACUGUCAAUGAUAUUUUGAUUGUGUCUAAAGGACAGUUAUAUAAAGUUACUUGGACAUGUGAAAA